UCGCCACUGAUUUUCRAGRACUCRACGRCGUGGUCAAGACUUGAGGAGCUUGACCCGCUCACGAGAGAGGACUUCGYUUGGAUGCCUCUACCCUCGACCGGAACCUUGCCAAGGCYGCAUUGYAACGCCUUGAUGGCAACUCUACGCUCCUAUUUGCAYACUACAGUACCAGCUCCGUUGACGGACGACGGGGUAGCGGUUGUCGAUCUCCGCCCCUAUCUUGCGAAGAUUGACCGCGAGUACGCCACCCAAAGGUACGCCGAAACUGACGCACCUUUGCUCUAUAUCCGCAUUCAAAUCGGAAAGGCAACCUGUAGUGCCUUGAUUGAUUGCGGAGCGUCUCGCAACUUUAUGAGCCAAGCCUUUAUGACCCGCGCAGGUCUUGGCCCGCGCGUUCGAAGGAAGACGCAACCUACGCAAGUUACACUCGCGGACGGCCGCACGCAAAAGUCAAUUGACCGAUGCGUUGACGGCGUUCCGGUCUACUUUGCGCCACUUGCGUGCGAGCCAGUGUCUUUUGACAUCCUCGACACUAAGUUCGACAUGAUUCUAGGCAUGUUUUGGUUGCGUAGCGCCGAUCAUCCGGUGAACUUCCAUGACCGAACUGUUCACAUCCGUGAUCGGAACGGAGUGUUAGUCCCAUGUACGGUCGCGACCCCUCACACUUCGAUUGCUUGUCACGUGGUUUCCGUUGCGAGAAUUCGCGAUGCCAUUGCUCGGAAUGACGUCGAGGAGAUGGGCCUUGUAUUCUUGCAUGCUCUCCCCUCGCCGGACGGACCAGCCGCGUCACCGCCGGACCCACGCAUUUCUCACCUCUUGGACGAGUAUAGAGACGUCUUCGAGACUCCCACCGGAACGGUUCCGGAUCGGCCCAUACGUCACGGGAUCACUCUCGAGGCUGGCGCCGUCCCUCCGCGUGGAUGCAUCUACCUCAUGAGCGAAGAGGAAUUCGACGGCUGGUGGCGACGGCUUUGCAACUUCUUAUUGAUGUACCUGCUCUGAUUUGUCGCUGUCCGGGUUGACGGCCCCCCUUCCGUUCUGGUMGAGGGGUCGGUCCUGUCGGAACGGCACCAUAUUGUAGAACU